CGAAAACACGUUUCUCCCGAAUGUCCCGAAUAUAACUUUCAAAUUCGUGCGAUCUUCGAUGAGAAAUCAGUAAAAUUAUACAGAAAAUCAGUAUCGAUGAUUACAUGAUACAUUUAACAAUUUAUUGUUGCAAAAGUGCAAAAAAGUAUAAAUCAAAACAAAGAUAAUUUUAAAAUUGUUCUAAAUUAAAACGUAAGACGAAUAAGGCGAGUUAAAAUAAGAAUUUGGCAAUAAAUAUUUAUGUUAAUUUUUACUCGUAUCGCGACAAAUAUAUGCUCAAUCGGGAUGUAAUGCAAACGACGGAUUGUGAAUUUCGAAUGCUCAUCAGAAGACAAUUAGCCGUAUAUCUACAUGCUAGUGAAUUAAUCAUGCCGACAGUAUCCGUUUAAACGCUGUUAUUAAUUCAACUAUUCGCUAGCAGGUGAUAAGAUAAUGGUAACGAAAAUAGAUAACACAUAAAUAGAUAAAUUUAUCGCAGAUAAUUAAGGAUAAAUGCCUGAUAAAUUAAUAAUAAAAUGAAUUGUUAGAUAAUAUUUUGUAAUAUUAAAGACGGUAUACGUUACAAAUAAGAAUAAUAUUUGACAUUGAGAUAAACAUUGAGUAUUUUACACAGGACGUAAAGUUGAUAAUAAACGGCGGAUAGAAAGUGCGUCAAAGAUCUAAAUGAUAUUUAACUUAAUUUUUAAUGUGCGCGCGCAAACGCAAAUUAAUGUUUAGUUUGUAUAAAAAAUUUAAUAACACGUAAAAAUGUAUCGCGUUAAUUAAAAAUGAAAAAUUUUUCGUGCAAAAUUAAUUUUUUAUAAAUCACAAAGUUACGUUAAUCACAAUUAUAUAAUGCUUACGUGUAAAUGUGCACUUAUCUUUCCGCACUAAUUCUCGCAUUGAAGGUGCCGGCGCUCCGGAUAUUACAUAUUACGUGCUUAUGUUGCGAAAUAUGCGAUAUUGUAUGAGACUAUAUUUUACGGACGACAUACGGUGCGUUUGAUGUCGACUUAUCACCAUGAUAUAUCGCGAACACUUUAAUUAAUGAAGUCUUGUAAGGCGAAAGCAUACGGACAAUUAACGCGGCGGUACCUACACGUUGACGUUUAUGUUGUAAUAUCUAUAAUAUUCACGCGUCUCAUUUAUUGCGGCAAUAAAUGUUAUGACACAUAUUGAAUAGAUUAUUUAAUCACAUGAGGCUAUUAAUUUAAUGUCAAUAACGUAAUUAAUUAAUUUCAAAUUGAGUUAUCAUAUUUAAUAAUUUGUGAUCAGUAUAUGUGAAUCUGGCUCUCUAUCAUCUGGAUAUGGACUCCUCUUAGAAAUCAUCAUGUCUUACAACAUACCGCGGACGGCGAAACAGAAAUUAUCAUUUAUGGAUCGAGGGUAAGCGACAUGGCUAAUCAAACGGCUGAUCACCAUGAAGACAUUUACCAAUGGAACCGUACGGUAUCGGCGGAUGAAGGAGAUACAGAGACGGAAUAUUAUCUACCUAAUUGGACCGAUCUUAUUCUAGCAGGAUUGUUCACGAUGCUGAUUAUUGUUACUAUAGUCGGCAAUACCCUAGUGAUUGCGGCUGUAAUUACUACAAGGAGAUUACGGUCCGUGACUAAUUGUUUCGUGUCUAGCUUGGCUGCUGCGGAUUUACUAGUCGGUCUAGCGGUGAUGCCACCAGCUGUGCUGUUACAGCUUACAGGAGGAACUUGGGAGUUGGGCGAAAUGCUGUGCGAUUUCUGGGUCUCCCUCGACAUUCUACUUUGCACAGCUAGCAUUCUCUCGUUAUGCGCCAUUUCUAUAGACAGGUAUCUGGCCGUAACUCAGCCGCUGAUAUACAGCCGUCGACGCAGAAGCAAACGACUGGCUGGGUUGAUGAUCGUCGCGGUAUGGGUGAUGGCCGGCGCUAUAACGAGCCCGCCUUUACUGGGCUGUUUCCCGCGUGCGACGAACCGCGAUAUCAAAAAGUGCUCCUACAAUAUGGAUUCUUCUUAUGUAAUAUUCUCGGCGAUGGGCAGCUUCUUCCUGCCUAUGCUGGUAAUGCUGUACGUGUACGGCAGAAUUUCGUGCGUCAUAGCGAGCAGGCACAGAAAUCUGGAGAAGACCAACGAGGGGGAGAACGUCCGAUCACGUCGUAAAAUCACGAUUGAGCGUGGCAGGAGUAUCAAGGCGCAACGUACAGAUUAUGCUGAGAGCGGUAUGACGUGCGACAGGCCCUCCGAGGAUACCGAACUAACGAAUAUGUGCAAAAAGUUGGGCACAAUUCGGGGUAAUCAGCAAAGCUGCAUCAACAGAGUCGCCAGGGAGACGAAAACUGCGGGCACCCUGGCGGUGGUUGUAGGUGGUUUCGUCGCAUGCUGGCUGCCAUUUUUCAUUCUGUAUCUGGUAACACCCUUCGUUCCCGUGCAACCGCCGGAUGUUCUCAUGCCAGCCUUGACAUGGCUAGGAUGGAUUAAUUCGGCCAUCAACCCGUUCAUUUACGCUUUCUAUUCAGCAGACUUCAGACUCGCUUUCUGGCGAUUAACAUGUAGGAAAUGUUCGAAGAGUAGACCAAACUUGGAUGGCACGAAUCGGAAAUUACCUGCUUCGGUUAACUGGAAGAAAGAUACGUCGAGGACGUGAAGUUCUCCGUACAGUUACGAACUUAUCCAAUUAUGUGACGUCCGGUAUUAGAAUGACUGCGGUUGACUCGAGUUUAUUCGCAAUUGCAGUCUAUUAAUGAAGAAUGAUACGUAUGUUCUUAGUACGAGCUUAUAACCAAUCAAUAGUUCUUAUGCGGUUUUAUAAGAUAUAAAUAUUUCACUAUGCAUAUACGCACAAUAUCUACUUUCGGAUACGCGCAAAUUCGAGAUUCACAUAAAUAGUCAUAUCAUUCUCUUUGUAUAUAACGUGCAAUACAAUUGGACAUUAUGGUUUUGCGUUAAAUGCUUAUCAGUUUUGGAAUUAUGCUCAAUUAAAUUGAGCAACAUUUUACAAGCUUUUGCAACUUUUCCAAUAAAUUUCAUCGUAAAAUAAAUAUAUUGCAAUAAUAUAUAUUUUUAUGCGUUUUUUACGUGAGUAUAAUGCAGUUUGUCAAAGCAAUAUUAAAAAUAAUUUAACAUUACAUUCAGGUUGAGUAUUUACGUUUAUAUAAAAAUGUGUAAAUAAACGUGACUGAAGAAAUGAACUCGAAGCAUGUAGCGAACUUUUCUGAUAAGCAUAUAUGACAAUUAAAAAAUAAAAAUAGAAAUAGAAAAUUUAUGAACAGUUUACGAAUAGUAUUAUAAUUAGUAGUUAGUCGUAGGAAAAAUAAUGUAUGACUGACUUUUAAUCUGUGAUCAAUAUCGAAAUUUCAUUAUUGCAUUCAUUCGUGAUAUUUGUAUACGAGAAAUAAAAGAUUAAAAAUAUCUAUGCUUAAUCGUGUUGAUGUACGUACUCUUUUUUUCUAUAUCUCCUUGAAUAUUAUACGAAUAAUGUGAAUAUGAAACUUUACGCACGUACUUUAUCUCUUAUAUUUUAUGUUUUCGAGGAAAACUUGCUACAUGCAUCGAAUGCUUCAUACUAACACUUUAGUAUCGUUAAUAUGUGAUAUUAUUCUAAUAUAAUAAUUUAUUUAUGAUUAUUUAUAGACAGCGUAAAAUAAUAGCAAAAUGUAAUACAUACUUAGUCAUGCAGAUUUAUAUAAAUGUGAAUGUAGAAUAGAAAUUUAUAAAUAUAUUUUAGAAGAUA